AAGGUCAAAUUUGUCUUAAAUUUAUUAUAGAAGUUUAACUUUCGCCGCUUCUAUACUUUUGCUUAAUUUAUAAUACUUUUAAUAUUGUAAAAUAGUAAAAAUGACUUUAAACAAACUAAGUAUUGACGCCCUAAAUCUGGGUGGUAAGAGAGUACUGAUGAGGGUGGAUUUCAAUGUACCACUAAAAGAAGGAGUAAUCACCAAUAAUCAGCGCAUUGUAGCUGCGUUGGAUUCCGUCAAAUAUGCUCUAGAUAAGGGUGCUAAAUCUGUAGUUCUUAUGUCACAUCUUGGGCGACCCGAUGGACAAGUAAACUUGAAAUACACACUUAAACCCGUUGCUGAAGAACUUAAGAAACUCUUGAGUAGAGAUAUUACAUUCCUUCCUGAUUGUGUUGGAUCAGAAGUAGAAGCUGCCUGUGCUGAUCCCCCUGUAGGAUCAGUUAUACUUCUUGAAAAUCUCCGUUUCCAUAUUGAAGAAGAAGGAAAAGGUGUUGAUGCCAGUGGAGCUAAAGUAAAAGCUGAUGCUGAAAAAGUAAAGGCAUUUAGAGCAAGUCUUAGAAAACUUGGUGAUAUCUACAUAAAUGAUGCCUUUGGCACUGCACACAGAGCCCACAGCUCCAUGAUGGGAGAAGGCUUUGAGCAGAGAGCUAGUGGAUUUUUACUUAAAAAGGAACUUCAAUAUUUUGCCAAAGCACUUCAUGAACCAGAAAGGCCAUUCCUUGCCAUUCUCGGUGGUGCUAAAGUAGCAGAUAAAAUUUUGCUUAUUGAAAACUUGCUGGACAAAGUUAAUGAAAUGAUCAUAGGAGGUGGAAUGGCUUUCACUUUCCUUAAAGAAACCAAGGGCAUGGCUAUUGGAAAUUCUUUAUAUGAUGCAGAGGGAGCCAAAAUUGUAACGAAGCUGCUAGAGAAAGCAGCUAAAAACAAUGUUAAGGUUCACUUGCCGGUGGACUUUGUGACUGCUGACAAGUUUGGUGAAGAUGCUCAGGCUGGAUUAGCAGAUGUUGAGUCUGGUAUCCCUGAUGGCUGGCUCGGUCUUGACGUUGGACCCAAGACUCAGGCACUAUUUGCUGAGCCCAUUGCAAGAGCUAAAGUUAUUGUUUGGAAUGGACCCCCUGGUGUGUUCGAGUUCGAGAAGUUUGCGGGCGGCACCAAGGCUCUCAUGGACGCCGUAGUGAAGGCUACUGCUAAUGGAACCGUCACUAUUAUUGGUGGUGGCGAUACCGCUACCUGCUGCGCCAAGUGGGGUACAGAAGACAAAGUGUCUCAUGUGUCUACCGGCGGUGGAGCCUCCCUUGAACUGUUGGAAGGUAAGGUCCUUCCAGGUGUCGCAGCAUUAUCUGACGCCUAAUUAAUAUUAACC